UUAAUGCCUUUACUUUAUUCUGAAACCAAGUGCCGUAGCGAGCACUCGCGUGUGCUUCUAAGAUAAUUUCUGUCGCCAAUUGCGCAUUGUUGAACGUUCCAGCGUGCUUUGAAUAAAAAUAAGUGUUGCCCAGCGAUGCACAUAAAUAACAAGUCCAUGUGUGGAUAGGAUGUGGAGACUGUUGUAAUGGUUAUGUGCCAAAUUUGGAGACUAUUAGUUCUAGUGGUUAGACUGUGAAUUUGUUAGUACAGCAAACAUGCCAGGGCAUGCGAAUAGCCCGUACUGGGCAGCCGUCGAUUUUGAUAGUGAUGGUGAAGAAGACAGGAACCCACCAAAUAAUAGAGUAUACCUUGACCCGUGGGACAACGAAGCCUUUGGUACCAUAACAACAGAAUCACCGGAUUCUAGCCAGGAACACAUGAACUCCUUCGCUGGAGAACCCAUUAGCGCCAGUUUCUACUACGUGCCAACCAAAACGUAUGAUUCAGGGGAAGAACCUAAGCCAAAUAAACGAAAAAUUUAUCCUGAAGAUAUGGUCACACCUGAUUACUCGAUGUAUGGUCGCAGACCAUCAAAACAUAUGGCACCAGACUACCAAGACAUGAUGUAUGGACAUAGACCAAUGCCGGAACGUAGAAGAUCAUUGUACAUAGAGGAACCAAUAUACGCACCAUAUCCUAUGAUAUAUGAACCUCUGUAUGCACCCGUUCCAAUGCCACAUCCAUAUGUUCCGCCGCCUCCGAGAUCAAGGAUGUCAAUACAACAUCAACCUGAUUAUGUCAUGGCGAACAAUCACAGCAAACAGAGGCGACAAUCCAGAAUGGCAGAAGCAUACGACCAGUACGUUUACGAAACCCUAUCUCCGGAGUACGAGGACUGGGCGAGGCCGUUGCCAAAGACGGUUCCUGGAAACUUCCACCUGUCUCGGUAUGGACAUCUCCAAAUCGAUUAUUCUUGCAGUUGGAAUUCCCUCGACAGAAUCAUACGCAGCCAAUAAUUAAUGUAAUCUAGAUCAAAGGCCAUCGUUGGCAAUCUUUCUGCUCUCUGGAUAUGUGAUUAUUAUGAAGUGUUUUUUUUUCAUUUGCACUACAAUAUAGUUUGCAGU